AUGCAGAGUCUGCGACAAAGUGUUGAUGACUUCUUCCAUAGAGUGAUGGAGAUGUUGCAGCAGUAUUGUAACGAAGUGAUGCGUAUGCCUGAAGAAGAAGGCGAACCUGUUUCCUCAAGAAUUGAUUUUGGUGGAAUCAGCUCAUAUAUGGUGGGAUUAUCUGAUCAAUUUGAACAAGUCAGGGAUUAUCUGAUCGAAGAUGAGGAGAAUCGGUUAUUAGUUACUGGGAUGGCAGGAGUUGGAAAGACAACUCUAGCUAAGAAAGUAUUUGAGGAUCCAUCUAUUCAGAGACAUUUCGAGCUUCGAGCAUGGGUCAGGGUGGGAAGAAAGUGUGAAUCCAAUGAAAUAUUACGGUGCAUUCUGGCUCAAGUGGAUCCCAACACUCGCGACCAAAUGCUUAUCCAAGGAGACGAUGAUGAUGAGAAAUUUGUUGGACUCUUGGAUGAGGGAGUAAAGGAUAAGAAAUGUCUCAUUGUGUUGGAUGAUGUAUGGGAAUGGGAUACACGAGUAAUGGAUAACUUGUCACAGGAGAAUGUCCGAAUCUUGCUUACAAGCCGGGUAAGAAUGAAAGAAUGUCCAGAUCGGGGUUUGGUACGCUUGUUGAAUGAGGAAGAAAGUAAGAAAUUACAUUGUGAGAAGGUUUUCGCUCAAGAGGAUUUCCCUCCUCACCUUAAUAUAUUGGGAGAGAAGAUUGCCAAAAAGUGUGAAGGUCUUCCACUUAUGAUAGUCACAGUUGCAGAGCUCCUAUCCGAAGAAGAAAAAACUAUAGAAAAUUAG